AUGUAUACCGAUGGUCGUUGGAGCAAAACAGUUUUCCAAACGUACCAAACACACGCGCAGGGCAUCUGGUGGAAGGAGCUGGCUAACGACCUGGGCACGCCGCGUGACGUCAUCUGCCCUACCAAGGACGGGCCGGAACACAAGAUAUUCGCCAUGAGGAUCAUCACUGUUGAAGGCUGCCAGUCGCACAAAGUGACGCGCUCCAUCCCCAACUACCUAAUUCGAGUGGUGCCGCCGCUGGCCAUCUACAACCGACUACCCUACGCAUUGGAGCUGACUUGCGCCGCGCGCGACUGGCGCGUGCGAUUAGAAGCUGGCGAGCGCGCGCACUGUUAUACGUUGCCGCCCGCCAUGCCACAUCGGCUCACCCUCGACAUCAAAUACAUGGGCCUACCGUGGGCGGGAAGCUUUACGUUAGCGCCAGGUAUGUGA